AUGUUCUCGGAUUCAUCGGAUAUCCGUAUCUGCGAAGGUGAGUACUUUGGCUUGUUGCCCUGCGCCCCUCAAUUGCGGGGUGCAGCUGCCACCUCACACUGUCCGAGCGAAAUUAUCACCACAUCUGAUAGUCUUCCGAGAUCUCCUGCUGUUCCUGUCAUCCAAGGCCUCCAAAGCUAUACUAUUCCAUAUACUCAAGCCAUAGCGGAAGCAAGUGACCAGGUCCUACAUGCUGAGCUCCUUCGACACAGACCUUCCCCACAUUUCGACUGUCAUGCUCACGCAGAUGAUCAGAGCAUGCAUCUCGCACCGGGAGAUCCGUAA